AUGUGCUUCCUGUACGGGGUGCCCUUCGAGUUCGCCACCAAGGUCUCUGCUGGCGCUGACGCCGCGCUGGAUCCUGGCGCUGUCGACGUGGCAUAUCAUCGAAGACCCGAGAGCCCGUUCCCGGCGGCUAUCUUCCACUACGACAGCGCGAGCGCCACGGGCCUGCCGACUAACCGCGGCACGCCCGUGGUGGCGGCGUAG